AUGUCGUCAUCUACGAGUUCUCCUUUGCCGAUUCUGCUGUUACUCCUCAUUUUAUUGACGCCAUUACCCACAGUCGAAGGUUUCCCAUAUGGACAAUGGCGAAUCGUAUUCUCUCUGGCUCACACCCUCAUGUAUAGAGUCUCUAACCUCCGUGCUUCUAGAGGAGAUCUCGUAGGCGCCGCCAGAGCGAGAACGAUCGCAGAGAAGCUGGAAAGAGGGUUUGGGUUAGGGUUUUGGAGAGGAAUGUUGUCAAUGGGUUGGGACUACAUGAGAAACUACGCCUGGAGAGGUGUUGCAUUGAGUGAGAUGCUUGGUGUGACUUCGGAAAUGGACAGUCUCUUGAGAGCUGUAAACGAUUUGGCUCGGAUGGGAUCGAACAAGGAUAGGGCGACUUGGUUUGUUCAAAAUUACCAGAGAGUCUUAGGGGUUUCGAAAUCGCUCUUUCUCAGGCUUCUGCGAGUGUUUCAUGAAUCGGGUCCAUUGAGGGAUUUGGUGUUGACGAUACAGAGAGAAGUGGAAGGGGGUUUGCUGAGGGACUGCCUUGAGUUGGGGACGAAUGACUUCAAAGAUUUCCUUCAGGUAGCCAAAGAUAUUGCUUCCCAGUCCUAUUCCACUUAGGAACGGAGCGAUCUUUGAAAGGGAGCAUGGGAUGGAAGAAAACUCUUGUCUGUAUUAGUUUUCUGAAAU